AUGGCUACCUCUUCUGAUAGAGACCAAGAGAAGGGCUUCGAUGAGAGGUCUGAGAUGAAGGAUAUCUCUGGGGUUGGCAACACUGUUCAUGACGCCGCUGGUCAUGGACACGCUGCCACUGACGCCUACGGCAAUGCUCUUGUUCAGUUCGACCCAGCUGCUGAGCGACGACUACGAUGGAAGCUCGACUUGUACACUGUUCCCACCGUCGCCGUCUUGUAUCUCUUCUGCUUCAUCGACCGUGCCAACAUCGGUAACGCUCGUAUUGCUGGCAUGGGAGCGGAUCUCAACCUCCAAGGUUACGACUACAACAAGAUCCUCUCCGUCUUUUACAUCUCAUACAUCAUCUUCGAAAUCCCCGCCACCGUCACCUGCAAGUGGAUGGGUCCCGGCUGGUUCCUCCCACUCACAUCUCUCCUCUUCGGUAUCGUCAGUGUCGCCACGGCCUUUUGCAAAACCCAGGGUGCUCUCUGCGGUGUCCGCUUCCUGCUCGGAAUCUUUGAGGCCGGCAUGCUUCCCGGAAUCGCUUACUACCUGUCCCGAUGGUACAAGCGCUCUGAGCUGACUUUCCGUCUGUCGCUCUACAUGGUCAUGGCUCCUGUGGAUUCUGCCUUUGGUGGUCUUUUGGCAGCGCUAUUCUCAAGCCCACACGAGUCCAAGUCUUAA